AUGUUCAAAAGUAGUAAAAAUAACAAACCAAAAAAGCGAUCUAAAGGAGAAGGUGGUGGAGCAGCAAUGAUGCAACAAUUUGGCUUGCAAAUGCCGAAUUUCGAUGAACCGAACUUUGAUGCUGCUGGUGAUGAUGAUGACGAUGAUAAUCUUGAAGCUGAGUUAAAGCAAAUACAACAAGAUGUUGGUGGCCAUGCAUCAAAACGUUCGAAAUCUAAUUCAAAAAAGCCAGGUAAAGCAGCUCCAGAUCUUCAAUCAUUUCACAAUGAUGUGAAUAAACUUCUCAAUGAUAUUGAUCGACCUAUAAAUGAUGAUGAAUUAUCCGAAGGCGACGAAGAAGAUCUGCUUGCUGAAUUAUAUGACAUUGCUGGCGAGAUUGAAGAUGAAAAACAAGAUGAACAUAUUGAAACACAGCAAGUACAAUCAACAUCAAAUAGCAAUACAUUAUCAAUCCUUGAAACACGUCUAGAUAUGUAUAAAAAAGCUGCACAAACAGCUAAAACAAGUGGAGAUGUUUCAAAAGCUCGACGACUUGAUCGACAAUUUAAACUUAUUCAAGAAUUACUUCAAUCAGCUCGAACUGGUGCACCAAUUAAUGCAGAAGAUAUUCCACCUGAACUUUUUGUUGGUGCUCCUUCGUCAACUAAGCCCACAAUUGUUUCAGAACAAGUACCUGUUCAAGUCACUCCUCCAUCACAACCAUCUGCAACAUCUUUAUCGAUCGAUAAUAAACCAAUUAUUUCUCAACCGACAGCACCAGUAGUAAUGCCAGCUUCUAAUAAUACUGAUGAAGCAAUUGAACGACUUAAAUCAUUAGCUUUACAAGCUAAAACAGCAGGUGAUAUGGUUAAAGCAAAAGAAUAUCUAAUUCAAAUGAAAAAUUUGCAAAAAGAGGCCAUAGCUGUUUCUACUCCUGCUCCUGCUCCUUUUCCUUCGCCUGCUUCUCUUCCUUCUUCUUCUUCUGCACAUAUAGAAACAUCUAAUAAUAUUCCUGAAGACGACAAUUCAUCCGCACUGGUUGUGCCAUUAAAAGCACCUGAACCACGUACUAUAAUGGAAGCAUUACAACAACGACAUGAAGAAUUAGUCAAGCGACAUCAAGAAGCACUUAGCAAAGGAGAGAGUUCCAAAGCAAGACGAAUGGAUCGACUUACAAAACAAUAUCAGGAAGCUAUUGAUGCUACAAAAAGAGGUCGUCCAUAUGAUUAUAGUGAAUUAGCAGAUUUACCUGGUUUUGCGCCGAUUCCUAUUCCACAAUCAAAACCUCCUCAAGUACCACCAUCUACUACUGGUAAUAGUAUAGCAGUAUCAUUAAAACCGCCACAAUCACCUGCAUUAGUACAAUCAUCACAAACUCAACAACAACAACAACAACAGCGAACAACUCUUCCGGUAGUUUCUAUUCCACAAGCCGAAGCUAAACCUUCAACUAAUACACGACAAGAUCAAAAAUUACAAACACUUCGUCUUAAAAAAGAACAACAUGUAAAACUUGCUUUACAAGCUAAACAACAAGGUGAUAUUGAUACGGCUAAAAAACAUCUUAUUGCUUCUAAAGAUAUUGAAAAAAUGAUCGAAUCUGUUGAAUCUGGAUCAUCUAUUGAUAUGAAACUAGUACCUGAGUUUUCUAAUGAAAAUAUUGAAAUUAUUCAGGAUGAUGAAUUAACACAAGAACUUGUACAAUCUGAUCGUGAUACAAUAUAUCGUCGUUUACAAGAUGAUCUUCUAAGACAAAUGCAAUUAUGUGCACGUAAUCAACAAAUGUAUGCACAAAUGGAAGGUUCAAAUAAUAUAAAACAAGCUAAUGAAUUUAAAAUUCUUGAACUACGUUGUGCACAUGAUUUAGAACAAUUAAGAAAAUGUUUUCAACAGGGUUUAAAAUCACCUGUAUUUCAUUAUGAAAAAAGACAAAUGAAUAUUAUACAAGUUAAUAAUGAUUUAACAGAUCAAGAUCUUGAGGUAAAUGUUCUUCGUGGUAUAAAUUUACGUGUUCCAUCUGGUUUUGUGUCAACAUCUCUUGAAACUUAUGUUAUUAUUGAAUUUCCUUAUCCAGCUGAAGCUCCACAAACAGCUCGAACACGUCAUGGAACUGGUACAAUAAAUGCUGAAUAUUCUGAUUCAUUACAUAAAUUUCAUAUAAAACGAAAUGAUGGAAAAUUUAAACGUUUAAUGAAUCGAAAAGAAUUAAAAUUAUCUAUAUUUUAUCGAGUUGGUUUUCUUCGUUCCGAUCGUCAAUUAGGUAUAGCAUCAAUUAAAUUAGCACCAUUAGAACAAACAUCAACUAUACAUGAAUCAGUUGAUAUUUAUGGAACUGAUCAUAAAAAAAAACCUGAAGGAAAAUUAGAACUUAAAAUACGUAUUAAAGAAGCAUUAGGAGCAACAAAAUCAUCUGAAGUAUCAUUACAACGAUGGCUUGUUAUUGAUAGUUUUGAAGAACUUUUACACAAUAGUAAAUCGUCAACAUCCAAAUUACCAUCAACAGCUCCAUCGAUUAAUGCUAUUUCACGUCUUGUGCCUUCAAGUGAUGCUCUAGGCUUUUUGGCUAUAAAUUUGGCUAAUAACUUAACUAAUAAUAACAAUAAUGAUGACGAUAAUGCAGUAGUUGAUAGCAGUACAACUGAAUCAAAUAAUAAUAGUCAACAGUCAGUUGGUCAUCAAAGUAUACAAGUACUUAAAUAUGAAGCAGAUCUUCUUCAAGAACAGAUCGAAAAACUUGAAGAUCAUCUGACAAAAGAUAAAAUUGAUCAAUUACGAGUAACACAUCAAACACUUUUAAAACAAUGUGAUGAAAUAGUUGUAAGUCUACGUCAAGGCGGAAAACAAGCUCUACAAGAACAUAUUCGAGGUCUUGAACAAUUAAUGGAACGCUAUAAUAAAGAAGCAGAUGAAUGUCGUCAACGAAAUGAUAUUAAAAAAGCUGAUAUAUUCUUACAUAAAAAGGAUCUUGUUGCUAAAGAGAUUGAAACACUUAGCAGUUAA